AUGGAUCAAGGUGAGAAUUUGAAUCCUGAACAAGGAGAGGCUACAAAAGAUACGGUUUUGCAAAAGGGUCCUAUCGGUUCUAUCAAUUCAGAAGAUUUAUCAACAUUUAAUUCUACAGAAAUGAGCACAAUUGGCGCACACGAUCAACCACAUAUAGUCGACACUGAGAGCCCACAAAUUAUCCAGCAAUUGAAUGCCAGUGAAACGUUCGAGGCAAAAGAGGAAACAGUUAAUAAGGGACAAGUUGAAAGUAAUGAAACGACGAAAGCGUCAGAAGUAAUGCAACUAGAGAAUACAGCGACUACAUCGGAUGCAGAUACUGUUUAUGAAUCCACCACGACCGGAGCAAGUGAGGGAAAAAUUGAAGAUCUCGGAGAUGUCGUCCUAGAGCCCCUGAAAUUGAGUCAGAUAACCACAGCUGAAGAGCAACUAGAGUAUGAUGAAGAGGAGGAGGAAGAGCAGAAGGAGGAUGAAUAUGGACUUGACAAGACUUUACAAGGAGAAGCGGUUAACAACACUGUCAGGAACCAGCUAGAGAGUGGCUCAAAUUUGACUAGUACGAAAAAUGCGGAAGGUGUGAACGAAAUUGACUUCAAAAUUCAUGAAACGGUUGACAAUGUGAGUGAUGCCAAAAGUGAUAAAGCAAAUAACCAAGGGACAAAAGGGGGAACAAAUACAGAAAAUGACUCCACUUCUCUGACAACUAUCGAACAUAAUGGAGAAGAUGCUCAAAAGAGCAAAGCUGUCGACACUGAAGCAGUUGCAACGAAUGAUGGUAGUGACACACAAAGUGGCAUCAAUGACCAAGACAAUAAAAACCAGGCGAUUACCUCUGAGCUGGUGGAGGGAAUCGAAAAGAUCGAAGUUGUCACGGCUAAUGGCGAAAAGGAGGAAAUCGAUUUGGACGCGAAAGGUCCCAAUCCAGAGGAGGACAACCAAUAUACCGCUUUGAAAUCCAAUCCCAAGGAGCAUUUUGACGAAGGAAUGGAUGACAUAAAUACAUUGGUUGAAGAUUUGCCUAAUUUCAAGGGAGGAAUGGAUAACAAGAUCCCGAUAUACUUGACUCACAAGAAUGCCAUGUUUCUUCUUUUCCGUACGGAUAGCCAAGACGGACCUAGUGCCAUAUUUGAGGAUGAAAAGAGUGAAGAUAUCACCCUUGAUGAGUUUUUUGCUAUAUUGCGUACAAUUUCUGAAUUUCACUUUGAGUUGGAUGAAGAGAUUAUACUAUCAAUUCCUCAAUUUGGUGGAAUUGCCUUGACUGAAGACAAUGUGUAUUGUAAAGAUCUUCAACUUUCAGACUUUUUGGACGUUUAUUACAAGUUGUGUGACUGUACAACUGCAAAGGAAAAAGUACCGAAACAAUUGGAUUUUAAACUAUCAACUCAACCCCGUUUUAUAAUGAAAUACAACAGCUUAGUGGAUACAAUAAAGCAAAAUGGUGGAUUUGAUAACAUAUCACAUGUGGAUUACAUUGACAAUGAAACUGAUGGAUCAAGAAAGAAAAGAAAGCUAUGA